UACAUUCAAAUAUUUUUUAUGCAUAUAGAUAUAUUUUUCUAUACAAAGUGUAUAUAACAUAUCAAGCGCCCUCGAGUGACCGUGUGUACAGAUUUACUGACGUUUUGUUAUUUCAUAAAAACGUCAUUACUUUUAGAGUGUGCUCGUGUAAGAAUGUUGAUAAACUUUUAUUACAAAAUCUUAUAGUAAAUAUAUGAAAAUUGAUAUUUAUUCAAAAAAUAAAGUGAGUGAAUUGACAUGAAACAAUUAUCUACUUGAGUUAUUGAAAACAACGCACCAGCCAUCAGCAAGAGAUCGUGAUCGUGAUUGACUGCACAUAUAUAUUCGCCACGUAUGUAGGUACGUGUGUACAAGAUCAUACCAUAUAAUUCUUCAACAUUUUGGUGGUUUCUAGAUAUUUCAUUAAUAUGGAGGCUUUGUUUCAAGUGCACACUUUAAUAAUUACUACAAAAUCUUUCUUUUUGUCUUCUACAUUAUAUUUGUGUAAGAAAAACAAACAAAGAUGAGUUGUGUUCGUUGCUGUGUCAUCAAUGCUGGUCGUAUUGCAUCUUCAAAUCAUGUAACAAAUCAUGUUCACAAAAUUGUGAGAGUUGCUGUUAUUAGAUCAUUAACAAUUGGUAAUACUUUGGGAAAAGCACCCAGUGAGCCUACUCCACCUGGUAAAGAUAAUAGUAGUGGUGUAUCCUCUGUUGGAAAUGGUGGAGGAAAGAAAAAUACUCUUACUUGUCCAAAAUGUGGUGAUCCUUGCACACAUGUAGAAACUUUUGUGUCAUCAACAAGAUUUGUUAAAUGUGAAAAAUGCCAUCACUUUUUUGUUGUAUUAUCAGAAGUAGAUUCGAAAAGAAGCCUUAAGGAAGCUUUAAGACCAGAUGAUACCAAACAAGGAUUUUACAGGAAACCUCCACCACCACCAAAAAAAAUUUUUGAAUACCUAAACAAGCAUGUCAUAGGUCAAGAAUAUGCUAAAAAAGUUCUAAGUGUUGCUGUUUAUAAUCACUAUAAACGAAUCUACAAUAAUUUUCCAGUACAAAAUUCAAUGCAAAGUUCUAUUAAUACAACUGGUUCACAAGAUUUAAAUCAUCCUUUCACACAUAGAGGUCUUAAACCACAUUUAUUACACAUUUCAACAAUUGGAAAUUCGCUCGGUGUUGGAUUUCAACAAUAUCCUGCAGGAAACGAACAUAAAUCAGCCGAAAAUCAAUCAAUUUCCGGAUCUGAUAUUCUUGAUAGUAAACAACAUCAAUUAAAAUUAGAAAAAAGUAAUAUUUUAUUACUUGGUCCAACUGGAAGUGGAAAAACAUUGCUCGCGCAAACAAUAGCUCAAUGUUUGGAUGUACCUUUUGCAAUUUGUGAUUGCACGACAUUGACACAAGCAGGAUAUGUCGGUGAAGAUAUAGAAAGCGUUAUUGCAAAACUACUUCAGGAUGCCAAUUACGUAGUAGAUAGAGCGCAAAUGGGUAUUGUAUUCUUAGACGAAGUUGAUAAAAUUGGUGCUGUUCCUGGCAUACAUCAACUGCGCGAUGUUGGCGGAGAAGGUGUCCAACAAGGAAUGUUAAAAAUGUUAGAGGGUACGAUUGUGAAUGUACCUGAAAGAAAUAGCUCUAGAAAAUUACGUGGAGAUACAUUGCAAAUCGAUACUACAAAUAUUUUAUUUGUUGCUUCUGGUGCUUAUAAUGGAUUAGAUAGGUUGAUUUCACGACGUAAAACUGAAAAAUAUCUAGGAUUUGGUGCAUCACGAUCUCUUGAAAGUCCAGGAAGAAGAGCUGCAAAUUUAGCAGAUGUUGCAAACAUGUCACCUUCUACAGAAAAGGAUAAUAAAGAAAAAGAUGUAUUGCUUCAGCAAGUUGAAGCAAGAGAUUUGAUUGAUUUUGGUAUGAUUCCUGAAUUUGUUGGCAGAUUUCCAGUUUUGGUACCGUUUCACACUCUUGACAAAAAUAUGCUCGUUAGAAUAUUGACCGAGCCGCAAAAUGCUAUGAUACCUCAAUAUCAAAUGUUAUUUUCAAUGGAUAAGGUAGACUUAACUUUUACGUCUGAAGCUUUAAAUGCAAUUGCUUCAUUAGCAAUGGAAAAAAAAACUGGUGCAAGAGGGCUUCGAGCUAUUAUGGAAUCACUACUCUUGGAACCUAUGUUCGAAGUGCCAGGUAGCGAUGUAAUGUCUGUUCAUGUAACUGAAGGAUGUGUGCGAGGACAAGAAAAGCCACAAUAUAUCAGAAAAGGUGAUGUUACUGAGGAAGAAUUACAUGCUCAACAUAUACAUAAUUAACAAAUAAUUCAUAUUGAUGAUACAUGAUAAUAUUUGAUCGAUUUUUUAAAAAAAUUGUUCAAAAUUCACAUUCUGCAAUAAUAGUUUUUGAUCUAAUAUAAAUUUGUAAAUAAUGUGUUGACUGUAAUCUAUGUUUUUUUAAUGAAAAGAAACAAAAGAUUACAUCACACAGAUUAUAUAUAUGGCAAUUAUAAUUCUAUAUUAACUUAUUUCAUAAAAAGUUAUAGAUAGGUAAAUCAAAUCAAUUGUGGUAUGUAUUUUGUGUUCAAGUAAUUCGUAACAAUAUAAAAGAUUUUGUUACUGA